AUGGCGACUGGAGUGGAGAUUGCUGGCCUCGUGCUCGGGUCAAUCCCGCUUGUCAUAUCCGCCCUUGAAAACUACGAGAACCUCCUCGACCCAACCAAGGCAUUCCUUAAAUAUCGUGGCCAGCUCUCUCGAGCUACGCGGGAGCUCGUCAACCAGUACACGUCAUACGAACAGUCGAUGCAGAUACUCCUUAGUCCUAUCACUGAUCCGCAAGAGCUCCUCGAUAUGAUGGAAAACGCAAAUAGCGAGCUAUGGAGAGACAAAGAGAUAGAAGCCGCGCUUCGAAAGAAGUUGGGGAGGUCAUACCCCGCAUGCAUGAGAACAAUCCGAGACAUCGAGAGCACGAUGAAGGCGAUUGCGGGAAAUCUCAACAUUGAAGGCGCAGACAGGAUCACCCAUGAUGGCCUUGAGGCAAUUGUUGCAGCCAAUCCACCCCAAAUAGAAGUGGGGAGACUGCCUAGAUUCGAGUUUCGCGAGCGAAUCAAGUUCACAAUGAAGCGGCAGAGCAUCAGGAGAUGUCUCGAUGACUUGACGAAAGCGAUCACCCAGUUAGACACAUAUUUGGAAAAGGCCGAGAAACUCGAGGAGCCUUACAAUGCGAGGAGCAAAUCAAAGUUCGCCCUUCCGCUCCGCGUGAUGCAGCAGAAUGCAGGCAGGCUGUUUGAUGUGUUGACUCGAACCUGGUGCUCUAACCACUCCAAGCAUUCCGCCGGGAUCCUGCUUGAACAGCGCUUGGCGACACAAAAGAAGAGAGGCACGUCGGACUGGCAGCAAAAAGGGGAUUUGGAGAAAUAUGACUCUCACCGCUUUGGGAUCUCGCUGUUGCAGACGCCGUCCCCUCGAAAAUGGCUCGAGGCUGAGUUCCACAUUGUAGAGCCUGAUAUUGCCACAACCAAGCUGAGCAGGUCUACUGUAAAAAUUGUCAUCUCGUCUGCCACAACCACCACUCAUACUCCAGCCACGGCUCUUCCAUACCGAGAUCCAUCCCAGCUCCCAGUAGUCAGAAAUUUGUGUACAGUAAUUCAGCAGCCCUGUCAUCCGUGCAUAGGCUUCUAUAUAGAUGAGGAUGGCUGCGUCAGAGGUGCAUACCCAGCUAAGGCGCACAGCACCACCGACGUGGACGAGGGUGUCUCUCUUGGUGAGAUACUGGCAAAUAGACCAGGUCCAUUGAGUAAGCAGGAAAUUUACAGCCUAUCUAUCACACUUGCCUCCUCCCUCCUUCAAUUGAACCAGACUCCGUGGCUUCAGCGGUCAUGGAACAAAACAGAUAUCAUGUUCUUCAGAGCAAAGGAAAGUUCUGCAGCUGCAGUCGACAUCAGAUACCCAUAUCUAACAUGCGAGCACCACCAUAACCCUCCACCGGAUGGUCAAAACAUUGCGUCCCCUGGGGACGAUUGUUCCAAGAUUCUUUCUCUCGGGGUAUUGCUUCUUGAGAUCAGUUGCGGCCAGCCGAUUGAGAAACUCCGUCAAGCAGACGACCUAGGCCCCGACAACAAACCGAAUGAGCUUUCCGAUCUCAACACCGUGCGGCGUUGGCUCAUGACACAGAAAAACAAAGGGGAUAUAUCCUUCGCUUUUUAUUCAGCAAUAUCGCAUUGUCUAAAAUGCUAUGUGGAUCCCGCAUCGAAUUUGGAGGACAUGGAAUUCGCGAGAAACAUUGAGGAGCAAAUUCUUGCACCACUCGAGAACGAGCAGAACGUUCUACUCCUGGGCCCCUCCUUGUCGGUGACCCACCUUCAACAUUUAGCGAAUUCAUGA